UCACUAUCCCAAGUAAGCUUACAUCAAACAUAAACCAUUCGUAAAAUUGCGAAUGCUAAUGCUCUCUACCGGCUUAUCGGGAGUGGUAGCGGAUGAGGGAGAAGCGUCUUGAGAGCACAGCCACAACAAUGCCUUCUGCAAUCCUGCAUCAUCACAAUCCGCUUCUGCGGUCUUCACCCCAACCACAUAUCAGUAAUAAUCCCAAACCUUAUAUUCGACAUUCCAAGCUCGUUAAAUCUCUUCAUUCCUCCUCCAUUUUUAGGCUUACUACAUCAAUGCCCAGCACCACACCCAAUCCAAAAGCAAAUCCUAUCGCUACAUCAGACGACCUGCUUAGCCUUCUGAAGGGACAAAAAGACUCUCGGAAGGCCCUGCAAAUCCUUCAACGGGCGACGAAACAAUCAGCUGAUAGUUUGCCGCCUUACGCGUACGAAUUGAUGAUCCGCCGUCUGGGGUUUGGCGGGCAUUUCUGGCAAAUGCGAGAGGUUUUUAGGUUAAUGAGCCCUCCCACUGAAGAAGCGUUUUUGGGAAUGAUAAAUAGCUACGCCAAUCACCUACUGCUGGACGAGGCCCUCCUAGUGUUGAAAGAAAUGGAGGUAACAGACAUUCCGCUGACCACCAAAUGCUACAAUUUUAUGUUCAAUUUGAUUGUAGAUUUGAAUAAGCUUAAUUUGUUGGGGCCACUGUAUUCACAAAUGACCUCUGCUGGGGUAAAACCUGAUGUUAAGACAUUCAAUUUAUUGAUCAAGGCCCUAUGCAACGAUAACAAGUUCGAUUCUGCCUUGAGUUUGUUGAAGCAGAUGUCAUCUCACCAUGGGUUGGUCCCUAAUGAUGUCACCUAUACAACACUUAUGAAUGGGCUAGUUAAGAAUUACGGGAUUGAUGAGGCCUUGGAAAAUUGGAAGCUAUGGGAGUUAAAUGGGCACAUUCCUAGCACCAUGAUGUUUGCCUUAUGCCAGACGGGUAAGGUGGAGGAGGCCAUCGAACUUCUGGAGGAGAAAUGUGAAAGUGGCCUCUUCCCUAAUUCUGAUACUUUCAAUAUGAUUGUCAAUGGGUUCUUCGAGAAGGGCAAAUUGUAUGAGGCUGCCAUGAUUCUGGAGGGGAUGUGCGCAACUGGUUUCUCCCCUAAUAUUGCGACUUUCAAUACCAUCGCCCAUCAUUUCUGCAAAGCCAAAGAGGCCGAAAAGGCAGCCCAUUUGUUUGAAAGAAUGGUGGAGAAGGGCUUCAAACCUAAUGUUGUCACAUAUACUACUCUGAUUUCAGGUUUGUGCAGGACAGGUCAAAUGGGUUCUGCAUUGCGUUUGUUGAAGCAGAUGGCGUCAGACCAUGAUUUGACUGUUAGUAAAGAAACAUAUUCACGUCUUAUAAGAAUGUUUUUAAAGCAGGAUGAGGUGAAGGGGGCCUUGGAAGUAUUGAAGGAAAUGAAUUCAAAUGGAUGGGUUCUUAGAAACAUACAUUACAAUGAUUUGCUACAUUGGUACUUUAAGCGUGGUAGGAUGGAAAUGGCCAGCAGGCUUCUGGAGGGGAUGAGUGAAAUUGGGUUGUGCCCGGAUACUACGACUUUCAAUAUACUAAUCAAUGGUUUCUGCAGGAAGGGCUGGGUGUCGGAGGCCACCAGACUUCUGGAGGAGAUGUCUAGAUCUGGGUUCUGCCCUGAUAUUGUGACGAUAAACACAAUUAUAAAUGGAUUCUGUAUAACCAGAAAGGCAGGCAAGGCAGCAGAUCUACUUGAGAAGAUGGUGGAGGAGGGCUUCAAACCUAAUGUUGUUACAUAUAAUACUCUAAUAGCAGGCCUGUGUAAUAUGGGAAAGUACAAAGAGGCAAGAAGGCUUCUGAAUGAAAUGAUUGUGAGAAACUUUGUUCCAAGUGUAACUACUUAUAAUUAUUUGAUCCAUGCAGAAUUAGAGCAAGGGGGAAUGGAUAAAGCUAUUGAUCUUCUCAAUGAGCUGCUUAGAAAGGGGAUUAGGCCUAAUGGUUGUACUCAUAGGACCUUAUUGCAUUCACUCUGCAAAGGUUGCAGCCUCGAUGAUUCUAUAAAGUUGAUAGACAAGAUGCUUGCAAAGGAAUGCAUUCCAAUCAGCAUCGCUUACGAGCUACUGAAGAAGAGGCUCUUUAUGGAGGGUACAGUAAAUCAAGAAUACAAGGCUCGAAAGAAAUUUAGGCCGGGGGAAGCUAUGUUCUAAUUAUUCAAAUAUUACCGGCUAAUUAUUCAAAUAUUACCGGCGAUGGAACAUGCGAACUCAUUACCUUCCUAUACCUGGUUAUAAGAAAGUGUCAUUUCUUUGACCAAUUCUGGCCUACAACAGACAUCUGGCCAAACCAGGAAAGAACAUAAAAAAAUCAAGACUUAUCGUCCACCAUCCAGUAAGGAUUUCAACACGUUUAGAAGAGUCCCGGUUUUGAAAGUUGCUCCUAAUUCUCAAUUAAAAUGGAUUUCUGUUCAAUUAGUUUCCUGUUCAGUUUUCUCACAGAUUUUCUGGCUGUGUAUUUUAUAAUUUUUUUAACUGAACAAUUUAACCUGAUGAAACGGAGAAAAUGUUAGAAUUGA